UAUUGGGGGCCAGACUUGAAUUUCAUUUCAAAGUGCCAUUUGUUUUUAUUAUUUGUGAAACUGUGGGUGGAUCACUGAGUGGAAAAAGCCAUACACACACAUACAUACAUAGCAGAAAGACAGAAAAGAAAGAAAGAAAGAAUCAGAAGAGAGAGAGAGAAGAUGGGUGUGGAGGAGAGCGAAAGCCCGACGAGCCCAGAGGCCAAGUUUGGGAGGCAGGUUGAGGAUUUGUGGGAUGUUCAGGAGCCUCAGCUCAGCCCUACUGAGAAAUUGAAUGCCUGUUUCGAGAGUAUUCCUGUCUCUGCUUUCCCCCUCGCUGCUCCAUCACAAGUGAUCGAAAUAACAUCAGACACAAGCCUGGCUGAAGCCGUCAAGCUACUUGCCCGGCACAGAAUACUCAGCGCUCCGGUGGUGGACGUCAAGGCACCUGAGGACGCCACCUGGAUCGACAGAUACAUAGGCGUCGUCGAGUUUGCUGGAAUUGUUGUCUGGAUCUUACAUCAGUCGGAAAAGAUAGAAGGGCAAUCUCCAUUCGACGCUGCGAUGAACAUCUCCGAGCACGACAUGGGACCCGCCGUCGCAGCAGUAGCUAACGGAAUAUCUUCUCCGAGGUUUAAGAGCAUGCAUCCCGACUCUCCAACAGCCACUUGCGGAAAAUUUUUCGAAACUCUUACAGCCUCCGACUUGUACAAAAAUACAAAGGUUGGAGAUAUUUCCGGAUGCUUUCGCUGGGCCCCGUUUCUCGCGCUGCAGAAAGCCAACUCGUUUUUAACGAUGCUAUUGCUUCUGUCGAAGUACAGAAUGAAGAGCGUUCCCGUAGUCGACUUAGGAGAAGCGAAGGUCGACAACAUCAUCACUCAAAGCUCGGUUAUUCACAUGUUGAAAGAAUGUUCCGGGCUUCAUUGGUUCGAAAGCUGGGGCUCUAAAAAGCUUUGCGAACUCGGGUUGCCUUUGAUGAAACCGAACCACAUCAUAAAGGUGUAUGAAGAUGACCCGGUGCUGCAGGCAUUCAGGCUAAUGAGAGAGAAUGGAGUUGGGGGCGUGCCCGUCGUUGCAAGUGACGGGAAUAAGGCAGUCGGUAAUAUAAGUAUCCGCGAUAUCCAAUUCCUUCUCAUGGCACCCGAUCUCUACAAGGAAUACAGAUCAAUUACGGCGAAAAACUUUUUGACGGUGGUUGCAAGCUACCAAGAGAAACAUCGGAGUGCAGCGCCAUUUCCGAGCAAAAUGGUCACAUGCCGGAGGGACGACACUUUAAAGGAUGCUAUUGCAAAGCUGGAUUCGAUGAAGAUCCACCGCAUAUACGUCGUGGAUGAGUCGGGGAACCUCGAGGGAGUUGUGACUCUGAGAGACAUAAUCUCGAAGCUGGUGCACGAGCCUCGCGGCUACUUCGGAGACUUCUUCGACGGGGUGUUGCCGCUGCCGGCCAACAGCAGGGUCUAAGGACAGCCAGCCUGUGCGUGCUCCAUAUUAGCCGGAUCGAGUCUAGUCGGGUCGGGUCGAGUUGUUGGGCUUUUCCGAAGGUGAUUUGUAGAGUUGAUGGGAAUAAAAUGGAGGGGGAUUUGAAGAGGAAUAAGGAAAGACUCGAACAUGAGAUAUUGUUCCUUUGUAAUAUAUAUAUAGUUGUAAUAUGUAUAGGUUUAUGGUUUGGUUAUAGCCUUUUGUGGCAAACUUUGUUGUAGGAUCAAGAAAUGGAACGAGUGUUCUGCA